AUGAGUUCAAAGCCAACAAUUCUCGUUAUCGGGUCACCAGCUGGUCUCGUUGCUGAUGAAACCUGGACCAAUUUCACCACCAAUUUCAACGUCAAAUCUUACGACUUUUUGACCAAUGAUGCCUUUCACGAGUCAUUACGAUCUGGAAGUUGCAAGGAUGUUGAUGGCAUCGUGCGUCUUGGCCUUAAUCUACCAGAGGGCUGUGAAAAGGUCUUGAUCGGCUGGACCCAUCGGGGUCUUGAGCAUUUUCCCCAAAGUCUCAAAGUGAUCGUCAAUUUUGGCCAUGGCUACAACGAUGAGGCGGUUGACGAGCUUCGCAAGAAAGGGACCGCCUUUUUCAACACGACAGGCGGGAGUCAAUCCACAGCUGCGGUGGGAACCUACCUUAUUGUGGCGGCUUUCCGCAACCUGAGCCGAUAUGAGCGGAUGCUUCGUCAAGGUCAAUUUCUUCCAGCUCUCAGGGACUCUGCCAGAAAUGCCGUUGACCCUUUUGGGAAAAGCCUCGGCAUCGUUGGCAUGGGCUCUAUCGGGGAGACCAUUGCGAGGCAAGCAUCUACGUUGGGCAUGAAGGUCCACUGCAUAGACAGGCCAAGCCUACGUAAUAGGCUUGAAACUGAAGGAAACUCAGCGACAGGCCUUCCUCCUAUUACUCUCCAUGAGAGUCUAUUGAGUCUCGUACGAGUCGUCGAUUGUAUUCUUCUGUCAUGUCCUUAUUCGGCCGCAACCCACCAUCUUCUCUGUAAAGAGGUGUUCAGCGAGAUGAAGAAGGGAGUCAGGAUCAUCAACAUUGCUAGGGGACUCUGCAUCGAUGAGGAAGCACUUUGCGAUGCCAUUGAGGAGGGCAUCGUGGGUGGUGCAGGGCUGGACGUUCACCACGAUGAGCCAAAGGUGAAUCCUAGACUACUGGGCUAUGACUGUGUGACAUUGUUACCGCAUGUUGGUGGUCUAACAAACGAUUCAAUGAAGAACCAUGCUGAGCUUGCUUUAAGCCAUAUUGUCAAUUAUUUCUCUGCAGAAUCAUCAGGUUCGGACUCGGUCGUGUAA